AUGAAAGCUUGUUCUACUUGGUUCGUGGCCUUGGCUACGCUUCUUUCUACUACGGCACUUGCCAACCCCCUUGAUAAGCGUGCCACUGUUGACGACUGCCUUGCCUCUCACGAUGUGCCCGUUUUCGCCAAGAACACCGGCAACUACACUCAGGCCAUAAAGCCGUUCAACCUUCGUGUGCCUAUCACGCCUGCCUCUUACGCUGUGCCAUCGACUAUCAAGCAUGUCCAAGACGCCGUAGCCUGCGGUGUUGCGGCAGGACUUCGAGUCUCUGGAAAGUGUGGAGGACACAGCUAUGCCUCCUUUGGUCUCGGAGGAGAGGAUGGCCACUUGGUCAUUGACAUGCGUCGCUUCAACAGCGUCACUGCCGAUCCAGUUGCUCACACCGCUGUGAUCGGAGCAGGUGGACGACUGGGUGACAUUGCAACAAAGUUGUAUGCUCAAGGAAAGCAAGCCUUCAGCCAUGGAACCUGCCCUGGCGUUGGUAUCUCAGGCCUCACUCUCCACGGCGGCUACGGCCUCUCCUCGCGCACUCACGGUCUCGCUCUCGACCAAGUCAUCUCCAUGACGGUCGUCCUGGCCGACAGCAGAGUCGUGACAGCCUCGGCCACCGAGAACCCGGAUCUCUUCUGGGCCCUCCGUGGCGCAGGUGGUGCCUUCGGCAUCGUCGUCGACUACAAGUUCAAAACCUACAACGCACCCGAAGACAUCAUCAACUUCACCUACAGAUUCUCCCCCGCCAACACCUCGCAACUCGCCCAUGUCCUCUCCACCCUCCAAAACUUCAGCUUGUACGACCAGCCCCCAGAGCUAAACAUGCGCACCUACGUCCCCGGCCAACUCACCGGCGUCUACUACGGCAACCGCUCCUCCUACGACACAAUCAUGAACCCGCUGCUCGCCAAAAUCGGCGCCAGCAACACGGGCUCGGGCUCCUCCGUCUCCGUCAAGGGCUGGAUCGACACACUGACUGCCUUCGCCUUUGGCCCCUUGCCCCAGGCCGAAAUCUACGACACCCACGAGAACUUUUACGCAAAGUCCCUCAUGACGCAGCCGCUAUCGGAAAAAGCAAUCUACGCACUGGCAGACUACUACUUCACCACGACCGUCAAGAUCCGCCGCGGAUGGUACCUCCUCAUUGACCUCCACGGCGGCAAGGGCUCGGCCGUCUCGGCCGUGCCCAACAAUGCAACUGCGUACUCGCACCGCGACGCCGUCUUCAAGAUGCAGUUUUACGACCGCAUCAUGAACAACGAUGUAUAUCAGUCGAGCUACUUUUCGUUUUUGGAUGGCUGGGUGAGCGCGAUUGAGAAGGCGACGCCUGGUGAGCAGUUUGGCGCCUACAUCAACUAUGCGGAUCCGAGGUUGAGCAAGGAUGAGGCGUAUAAGAGGUACUGGGGUGAGAACUACGAGAGGUUGGUUAAGCUUAAGGCGGUGUAUGAUCCCAAGAACGUGUUUGGGGGCCCGCAGUUGGUGGCGGGCUAG